AUGUGGUGGCUCCUUAUUCCCACUAUCUUCAUCAUCCCCUGCACCCAGCAGCCGAGGCCUGGUGGAAAACAUCCUGAGAGCAGCGAGGCCCAGCCACGCACGGAGCUGUGCCACUGGCCCUGCCAGUGCCCGCCAGUACCCACCUGCAGCCCCGGGGUGAGCCUGCUGAAGGACGGCUGUGGCUGCUGCAAGGCCUGCGCCAAGCAGGCUGGAGAAGUCUGCAAUGAGGUGGACAUCUGUGAUCCCCACAAGGGUCUCUACUGCGACUACUCGCAGGAUGAGCCUAGGUAUGAAACAGGCGUGUGUGCAUAUCUGGUUGCUGUAGGAUGUGAGCUCAAUGGCAUUUACUAUCUCAAUGGGCAGAACUUCCAGCCUAACCCACUUUAUAAGUGCCUGUGUAUCAGUGGUGCGAUUGGAUGUACUCCUAUAUUCACACCAAAAUUAGCAGCAAGUCCCUGCUCCAGUGGCAUGGGCAGGAAGAAGAAUGGACAAACUGUGUGUGGCCCGGGACAGAACAAGCAGCUUCAAUCAGUCAACUACAGGCUGAUGUCAGCUUACAGAAACUUACCACUAGUUUUGAAGAAAAAGUGCCUGGUGCAGGCAACUCCUUGGACACCGUGUUCCAGGACCUGUGGAAUAGGCAUAUCCAGCAGAGUGACCAAUGAAAACAAGAAGUGUGAAAUGAAAAAAGAGAAGAGAUUAUGCUUCAUCCAGCCUUGUCUGACCAAUAUCCUGAAGACAGUAAAGAUUCCAAAAGGAAAAACAUGCCAACCAACAUUCCAGCUUCCUAGAGCAGAGAAACUAUUUUUCUCUGGAUGUUCAACUACACAAAGCUACAAGUUAACUUUCUGUGGGGUAUGUGUGGACAAGAGGUGCUGUGUACCUAAUAAGUCCAAAAUGAUCACUCUCCAGUUUGAGUGUCCCAAUGAAGGCUUCUUUAAGUGGAAGAUGAUGUGGAUAACAUCUUGUGUAUGCCAGAGGAUUUGCAGUGAUCCAGGAGAUAUAUUUUCCGAACUGAAAAUUUUAUGA